AUUUCUGCUCGAAUUUCAGGCCAAGUCAGACAUGCCAUCGAAUCGACGGUAAAAUAAGAUAACUGCGACUGUUUUCGGAGAAAUAUCCCUUUCUAUUUAUGCCACUAUUUUAUCGACAAUGCUGCUCUGAAUAUCCCCACAUCCUCAGCGCCCCGAGUGCGGGUUGUUCUUGUUUGUUUUUAUAACUGGGUAUCGCAUUAUGUUUCCAUCUCUAUUUCCCUCUGCGUCAGGCUCCAGUGCCGUUAGUGUGCCGUCAGCUAUGUGCAGUAUUUGUCCAAUCAUUUGAAUGAGCCUCGUUCAAUGAGCAGACGAGAUGUAUUUUCCGUCUCUAAGACACGCAAUGAAAACGACCUGACGUUGUUUCAGAAUGAAAUUGGACCACAGAUGUUAUGGCGUUGUUAGACAUGAAAUUAUGAAUAUACCUGGAACUAGUAUAUGCAAAACCGUACACUUAAAUUGACCGCCAGCUUUUGAUCGUUCGCCAUUAUUCGGAAUAUCCCAUUUUCAUCUCGUGUCUGGAUGUGAUAUCAACCACAGAAACACAGGACAUCACAGGCAGGGGGGCUGCCCCCCCCCCCCUCUCCUGAUUGGCCCCUGUAGCAUGAGCUCAGGCCCCCCCCAGGAUGUGGCGGUGGACCAUUUCCUGCGUGACAUCGAGAGGCGGGGCCAGCAGCUGCACUGCGCUGUGAUUGGCCGAGAGGCAUCCAGGCCCCGCCCCGCCGGGAUGAACCUGCUGCACCGGAAGAGCAGGCUGGAAUGGCAGAGCCGGGAUUCAGAGCCCGGGAAGAGGGGGGACUCAGGCACGCUGGGUAAGGGUCGGGACAUGGCCUCGUUCCGGAGACACUUCCGGAUGGGCUUCCUGACGAUGCCGGUGUCCCAGGACCUCUCCCCCGGGCCGUGUGGCGUUGCCAUGGCGCCGCGCUCCCAGUCCUGCCACGCCGUGGGCGGGGGCGGAGCCUGUGUCCUGGACAACGGUGACUACCCCGCCCCCUCGCCGCCGGGGCCUUCGUCAUGCUCCUCCUCUUCCUCCGCCUGCGCUCGCUGCCCCCCCGCCAAGCCCAAACGCCACCCCAGCACCCGCCUCAGCACCACCCCUGACCCCCCCCAGCCACCCGCCAAUCACACAGAGAAGAGGAGCGCUGUGUUUGACUCUGCUGUCAUUGACUCUGCUGUGUUUGACUCUGUUGUCAUUGACUCUGCCGUGUUUGACUCUGCUGUCAUUGACUCUGCUGUGUUUGACUCUGUUGUCAUUGACUCUGCCGUGUUUGACUCUGCUGUCAUUGACUCAGCUGUGUUUGACUCUGCUGUCAUUGACUCUGCUGUGUUUGACUCUGUUGUCAUUGACUCUGCCGUGUUUGACUCUGCUGUCAUUGACUCAGCUGUGUUUGACUCUGCUGUCAUUGACUCUGCUGUGUUUGACUCUGCUGUCAUUGACUCUGCUGUGUUUGACUCUGUUGUCAUUGACUCUGCUGUGUUUGACUCAGCUGUGUUUGACUCUGCUGUCAUUGACUCUGCUGUGUUUGACUCUGUUGUCAUUGACUCUGCUGUGUUUGACUCUGUUGUCAUUGACUCUGCUGUGUUUGACUCUGCUGUCUUUGACUUGCUGUGUUUGACUCUGCUGUGUUUGACUCUGCUGUCAUUGACUCUGCUGUACUCGGGGGAGGGGCCUGGGAGGAAAGCCCCGCCCCUAAAGCCGAGGAGGAGCCCCCACACCCAGCUGUCCCUGGACCCGCCCCUCCCCCGAGCCCCGCCCCCGGCCACGCCCUUGCCCCGCCCCUCGCAGGGGGACGAGGAGCCGGUCUAUAUCGAGAUGGUGGGACAGGUGUUCACACGCGACGCCCAAAAUGCCACCCCCCACCCCCCCACGCCGGACUCAGACUCAGACCAGGGCGAGGCGAUCUACGAGGAGAUGAAGUACUCGCACCAGAACCGCCCCAGCCACCCCCACCACAGACCGGGCAAACCCAAACCCUCAGUCCACACCUCACCUGCCCCGAGCGCCGCCCACAAACCCAAAUCCACGGCCUCCCUCUCUCACGCCUCCACCCCUGUCCCGCCCCCAUCCCUCCCCCUCUCGUCCAGCCCCCAACCCCCCCGAGCCCCCACCCCCUUCCUCCUGCCCGGCAACAACAACAAGCCCCACCCCCAAACGGGCCCGUCGCCCGGCAACAACAAAAACAAGAUCCCCGCCCCCUUCCCCAACCUGCUCCAGCACCGGCCCCCCCUCCUGGCCCUCCCCCAGCCUGCCGCGUCCUCCAGCGGGGCGGGGCCCCAGAACAAGCCCCCGCCCCCAAAACUGGGCACCGUCAGCAUCCAGGCCCCCAUUGGCCUGGCCUCCGCAGGAAGCCCCGCCCCGGGCCCGCCCCCCUCCUCCAAACUGCCCAUCCCCCACUCUGGCCACAAGGAGGCGCCGGACAAGCUUGGGGGCGGGGGGAAGGAGGGGUUUUUGAGCCCCGCCCCUGGACUCAGAGCCCGGAGCCACUCCACCCCCCUCCCGCCUUCCUCCUCAUCCUCCUCUGCCUCCUCCCACUACGCCCAUCAGCACCUCCACCCGUCCCACUACCACCAGCACCGCCAGUACCGCCGGCCCGAGGCGGAGAGGGAGCUGCCCACCUCCCACAGCAUGAAGCUGCCCCCCUCCCCCUCUCCCGCCCCGGCCAAGGAGGGCAAGGCCGUCACCUUCCUGCUCCAGCCCGACAAACGAGAGAGAGAGAGAGAGAGGGAGAGGGAGAGAGAGAGGGAGAGAGAGAGAGCACAGACUCCAGCCUCCUCCCAAACAACCCCCACCCCCACCCAAAUGAGCACGAGCUCCGCCCCUCCUCAAGCCCCGCCCCCUAACUCUUCCUCCUCCUCCUGCUCUUCCUCGCGGCCCCACGUCCUCCUCCAGCGUUCCCCCGCGCCCCCCCCCCCGGGGCUGCCCGCCUACAAGCCCCCCCCGCCGGCCUCGGGCUGGGACAGCCCCCUGCUGUGGACGUCCCGGGGGCGCCCCCCCUCCUACGACAGCCCCCGGGGCGCGGGGGGGGACCUGCAGAGGGCCGGGGGCAGCCUGCCGCGGGACGGGGGCCUCAGGGGCUCCCUGGGGGGGCCGCAAAAGGAGGAGCAGCAUGUGGCUCAUUCUGGCAUCCCCGUGCGCUGUGGCAGGGUGGGAGGGGCCAGGGGUGGAGAGGGCGGGGUUCCGGGGCAGGGCUGCCAGUCCAUCCCAGCAUUCCCUCAGAGCGGAGAGCCGGGGGUGAAGCAGGGCUGUUUUGUGCACCGGCAGUGCAGCCUGCCCCCGGGGGCAGUAAUGAGCCAGGAGCAGGGGAAGGAGCAGGGGAAGGGACAGGGGAAGGAGCAGGGGAAGGAGCAGGGGAAGGAGCAGGGGAAGUGGCAGGGGAAGGGGCAGGGGAAGGAGCAGGGGAAGGGACAGGGGAAGGGGCAGGGGAAGGAGCAGGGGAAGGGACAGGGGAAGGAGCAGGGGAAGGAGCAGGGGAAGGAGCAGGGGAAGGGACAGGGGAAGGGACAGGGGAAGGAGCAGGGGAAGGAGCAGGGGAAGGGGCAGGGGAAGGGACAGGGGAAGGAGCAGGGGAAGGAGCAGGGGAAGGGACAGGGGAAGGAGCAGGGGAAGGAGCAGGGGAAGGAAGGAGGUAAAAAUAAGUGUUUGGAAAGAGCCAAGAGAGAGCCCCCCGGGACCCCGCCCUUGCGGCCCCCCCUGCAGCAGCAGCAGUACCAGCGGCUGGCUCAGCUGGUGCAGGCGCAGGUGCAGUUCCAGCCUCCGGCCAGCGGGGGCACUGCCUGCCCCUCGGGCCAGCGCGACGGCAAGCUGCAGGAGGUGAUCGAGAGGAAGCGCUGCCUGUGCCGCGAGAUCAAGGCCCACCGGCGGGCGGACCAGAGCCUGUGCCGGCAGGACAGCAUGCCGGCACUGCCCAGCUGGAGAGGAGCCGCCGAGCCCAGCAAGGGCGCCCCAAACUCACCGGCCCUGUGGGAUACCGCCAUCUGA